CACAACAGAAGAAGGUGACUAUAGAAUUCCCCUCGCCUCGUUACCACUGACACCUGGAAUUCCUGUCAUUUGAGCAUUGCGGUUUUAAGUGUUUACUUUGAAAUAGGAACCGUUACGUGAACUUGAAGGCGGUUUCUUCAUCUUCAAGACCAAGUUGCCAUGGGGCGCCCGGCACACGGACAACAUCAUAGCGCAAGGAUAACGUUGCCUGAGGCCUAGCUCUGGUCAACACACAUAUAAAAGGGCCAGCCCAUCAAGAACCUUUCUUCAUCCACAACAUGUCUGCCCCAGAAACCACCUCUGUUGCCACUCGCUCCAACCAGGGCACCGUCGCUCCCAAGGAAGCUUUGAAGCUCCGCCUUGACCUCAACCUCGAGGUCGAGAUCGCCAUCCAGGCCAAGGUCAACGGUGACAUCACCCUCUCCCUCCUCGAGUAAAUGUGCCGUAGGACCGGAGAGAGCGUAACGGACUUUGGUUGUCGUGUUCGGGACAUCACCAUGUCGGUUACCUUCUUCCCUUUUUUCACUUCUCCCUUUCGCCGACAUAGUAUUAGUUAGUAUUCCGAGCUUAUGCACGUAGUACAUGCCAAUAUCAGUGUUGCUUUGGGAGUUC